AUGUCCGGUCUGAGUUUAGUCUCGAGGCUUGCACGCCCGCGUCUGCGCGCGAGCUGUGCGCGCCUGUAUCUCUCGGCGCAGCCUGUGCAUGCGAAGCUCUUUUCAUCGGGCAGGAGUUUACUCACGCAGCUACCGAAUACGCAUAUCUUCCGCGCAAUCAAGGAUCAUGACUCGGCCAGCUUGGCGGUGGUGCAUAGCUUGUCGGGCCGGUCAUUCACAUACGGCAAUCUAACGGCCGAUGUCCUCCGCGCAAAGGAAGAUCUCGAGAAGAAGGCGGGCCGGAUGGGUAAAUUAUCUGGAGAGAGAAUUGCGUUUAUGGCGGAGAAUAGCUAUGACUAUGUUGUCAUGCUUCUGGCUAUCUUUGGAUGUGAUGCUAUUGCCCUGCCAUUGUCCCCGUCUUUCCCUACGGGUGAAUUGCAGUAUAUCCUUGACAAUUCGGAGGCCAAGGUCCUGCUAGCGACGGAAAAGUAUGCCGAUAAAGCCCAGGAGAUUCUCAACGAGGGCUUGCAGCAUGAGCUCCUGUUUGAUAUCAGGCCAAAGCUUGCUGUCGGGGCUGCUGGAAGUGAGAUUGUGCCAUUAGAAGAGUCAAAAGCAUCUUCUGCGCUCCCUGCGGGUGGUAUGAUGCUAUACACGUCUGGUACCACGGCUCGUCCGAGGCAUGGGAAUACUCCCCCCAAGACCGACUCCUCCACCUCCUCCCCCCUCCACCACAUCCACGGCGUCGUCAACGCAAUCAUAGCCCCCCUCUUCGCCGGCUCCUCCAUCGAAUUCAUGUACCCCUUCAACACAGACCAAGUCUGGAACCGCCUCGCAGCACCCUUCCUCCCACAAACCGACCCCAACAGCCCCGCAAAAUCCAAAAUCACCUUCCUAACAGCUGUACCAACAGUCUACAACCGCCUAAGAUCAUGCUUCCCCUCCCUGUCCGCGGAAAUCCAACAAGCAGGUCAAAAGGGUAUAUCCCCAGAAAACCUGCGCCUAAACAUCUCCGGCUCCGCAGCCCUCCCAACGCCCACGAAAACAGCUUGGCAAUCCCUCAGCGGCGGCAACGUCCUACUCGAACGCUUCGGCAUGACAGAAGUCGGCAUGGCGCUGAGCUGCGGUCUCGAUUUCGCAGACCGUGUCGAUGGAAGUGUUGGCUGGCCUUUACCACAGGUCGAAGCGCGCCUCGUGGACACGGAGACGAACCAAGUCAUCCCGGUAGGCGAGGAAACGGAUGCAGAUGGUCGCGAGCGUGUAGGCGAGAUUCAACUGCGCGGACCCACCAUCUUCCGCGAGUACUGGGGUAACACGAAAGCUACGAAAGAGACCUUCGUGGACGGCGGGGACGGCAGAGAUCCCUGGUUCUGCACUGGCGAUGUCGCGACGAGACGGGUUGUACAGGGUGCAGGCAAAGGCACGAGUGGCGACUGGGCGCGCGGGCCGAUGUAUUUCAUUCAGGGACGGAAGAGCGUCGAUAUCAUCAAGAUAGGAGGCGAGAAAGUGAGCGCGUUGGAGGUUGAGCGCGAGCUACUUUCGCUGCCUCAAAUCGCCGAAGCAGCCGUCGUAGGCCUCCCCUCCGAACAAUGGGGCAGCAAAGUCGCAGCCGUCGUUGUUCUGUCCCCCAACGCACAUGCUACGGGCCGCAACGGCAAGUCCUGGGGUCCGAUGGAUAUGCGUCGUGCGUUGAAGGAUCGACUGGCUGGGUAUAAGAUUCCGCAGGAGAUGAAGGUUUUGGAAACGAUUCCGCGGAAUGCGAUGGGGAAGGUGAAUAAGAAGGCGUUGGUAAAAGAGGUGUUUGGUGUUUAG